AGGAUGACACCACCCAAAUCAUUGAUUGUCUUCAUAAUCUCAAUUGACUGAUUGGGUAAAAUGUCUAGCAAAUUAUAUGUGGGUGCAACUACUGGGAUCAAACGGGAGAUUAUUCGCUUGCUUGCUAGUUGGUCGUUGGUUGCUUAGACAGCAGAAUAUCAAGGGGUUCUUCGAGCCACAAUGGCCACCGCUCCGUACAACUACUCCUACAUCUUCAAAUACAUCAUCAUUGGGGAUAUGGGUGUAGGAAAAUCAUGUUUGCUCCAUCAGUUCACAGAAAAGAAGUUCAUGGCGGACUGCCCCCACACGAUCGGCGUGGAGUUCGGCACGCGGAUCAUCGAGGUGAGCGGCCAGAAGAUCAAGCUGCAGAUCUGGGACACGGCGGGGCAGGAGCGCUUCCGCGCCGUCACGCGCAGCUACUACCGCGGCGCCGCCGGCGCCCUCAUGGUCUACGACAUCACCAGGAGAAGCACAUACAACCACCUGAGCAGCUGGCUGACCGACGCCCGGAACCUGACCAACCCCAACACGGUGAUCAUCCUCAUAGGGAACAAGGCCGACCUGGAGGCCCAGCGAGACGUCACGUACGAGGAGGCCAAGCAGUUCGCCGAAGAGAACGGCCUGUUGUUCCUUGAAGCCAGCGCGAAAACGGGCGAGAACGUGGAGGACGCCUUCCUGGAGGCGGCCAAGAAGAUCUACCAGAACAUCCAGGACGGGAGCCUGGACCUGAAUGCAGCCGAGUCGGGCGUGCAGCACAAGCCCUCCGCCCCGCAGGGGGGCCGGCUAACCAGCGAACCACAGCCCCAGAGGGAAGGCUGCAGCUGCUAAUGUCCGCCCGCCCCCCCCUCGCCUCUGACCUUUGACCCCCGCCCCCUCCCCCACCCCCCCCGGCAUCCACUACCAUCCACUACCAUCAUCUCCCUCAGCCCAGGAGCUCCGGCCCUGCCGGGCGGAGUUAGGGUGGGGCACGGGGGGUGGGGUGGGGGGGGGCUUGGCAUGCUCAACCUCUCUCUCCCCCCCCCCUUCGUCUCUGUUCCUCCAUCCUCCCCAUCCGUGUGUCGUCCUCUCCUCCUGUCCUACUUCCUCCCCAUCCUGCUCGACCCCCCCCCCCCUAUCACCCCCUCCCCUGCACUAGUCAUCUCUGUAGGGUCUGGGUUCCAAACAAGCGUAACCAAGCAACUGAAUAACAGAUGACGGUGGCAUUUGAGGAAAAAAAAAAAUAAACAAAAGGCUUUUUUUUUUUUAUUUUUCUUUUAUAGCUGUUAUAUAAACAUAUAUAUCUAUGUCCAUUUCAUCCACCGAUUUUGAAAAGCAACCCGAUGAAGUAGGUUAACGACACUCGGUUCAGUUCCGAACUCUUCUGUAUCUUUCUGUCACACUUGCAUGGUGUAAUUUAGGGUUAUUUUAACUUAAAUUAAAAAUGAAAUGUAAAUGAUUCUACUUUGCUAUACUGUAUGAUCUAGAGGGAAUUCGGAGAGAGCAGGAAAUAAUGUCCUUUAAAAUGCCGCCACGCCCCCUCUCCCUGUGUCAGGUGUGUAUGUGUGUGUGUAUGAUUGUGUGUGCGUGUGUGUGUGUACGUGUGUGUGUGCACGUGCAUGCUGUCCAGCAUUGUGUCGUCCACCUUACAUCUGAGACUGAUGAACCAAACGCACCUGCUCUGCCCAUAAUUCAGAGGAACCUUUUUCAAUUAAAUAUCUUUCUGCACUGCAGGAUUUGGCCACAGUGUGGCGCCACAGGUGUAGCAGGGGGAGAUCAGUAAACCCCCCUUCCCCAUGCCCUCCCUGAAAAAUCACAGUAGUUUAUUUUGACCUCCUACAGAUUGGGGGGGGGGGAGCGGGGGUAGGAUGUCCUAUAAUGCAUUCACCCAUUUCCCUUUGAACGUGUGUGGUCCUGGGGUGGGUGGGGUUGUAGGAGACCCUUGACCCUUGACCUUUGAAGGUUAUAAGAAGCUGCAUGUCCUCCACAGGCCAUCUAUAAUGCACUGUCCUCCCCCUGCCCACCUAGAAACCAGCCCCCGACCAUAUCAACAUUAUUGUCCUUUGCAGCUAUUUUUUGGUUGUUUGUUGCCUUACUGUUGUUAUUAAUAUUAUUUCUAUAAUUAUUUAAUCUUUCUUCACAGCUUGCUCUACUUACUGAUGUUGGACAGGUUUCUGUUAAAUAAACUUUGUUUUACAUUCUUCCUGUACAUUUUCUUUGACGGACCUGGCUUGGCUUCCAUGUUGAAAAGGGUAGAAAAAAGCGUGUGUGUGUGUGUGUGUGUGGGUAAUGUUUAAAAGAGAGUUUGUAAGGCAUUUGAAGCUGUAAAUCGCCAGUCUGUACUCUUGCAAGCUUGUAUAUUAAUGCCAUAAAAUGCAUCCCACCGAACAAUCCACCAAUGUGAGGUUUGUUACGGUGAUAACUGUACAUGUUCCAUUAAAAAAAUAAUAGAGACCUCA